CUCACAACAACGCUUCAACCGAGUCUUGAGUGCCCAAGACUAAAAAGUCGAGCUAAACCUGUUAAUUCGAAAAGCGUAACACUUCCGCUGGGCUUUGCGCCGGCGGAAUCUCCGUGAUGAGAGCGCCAGUCUGCCAAGUACUAAUUUCUCCUUUUAUCCGACAACCCGGCGAGAAGUGACGAUGAUCAUCGGAUUUUGGCUUGCAUUGAGCAAGCCUACCGACGGAAAUUGAGGCUCUUCCCAGUUAGCUGUUCACGAUGGUUGUACUGAGAAGUAUAAAGGUCCGAAUGUACCCAGUGUCUAUGGCACACCCCGCAAGCGUUUGCUGGUGCUGUCGUCUCGGCAGGAUACAUGCCCGAAGUGUCAGGCCACACUGCUUUCCGGUACAAUGCGCGUCGACAGGCAACGAACAGCACGUCUCCAUCUUUCAACGGCCCGUACAGUACCAAAGGCCGAGAUAUUGUUGAUAGCAAUGGCGAAAAGACGACUUGGGCUGGUGUCAACUGGCCAAUGAGUGGCGAGACUAUGAUUCCUGAAGGACUUGAGUGGGCGUCAGCGGAAGAGAUUCUUAAUGACAUCGCGGGUGUUGGCUUCAACUACAUCCGCAUGGGCUAUGCUAUCGAGAUGAUCGACCAAGUCUACGAUCGAAACGGCGUGGACGUGCCACUCGAGGUUGGCCUCAUCAACGCCCUGGGCUAUGUGAACGGCACCAAAGUGACCAACGAGAUCAUCGAGAAGAACCCUGGUUGGACAGCUCAGACCACUCGAUUCGAGAUCUGGAGCGACAUCGCACGCAUCGCUGCUACAAAAGGCAUUUUCAUUAGCCCAGAUGUGCACACUGGCAAAGCGCAGUGGUGCUGCUCACACAUCGACGGUACCGCAUGGUUUGACGACCUUGAGUUCAACGCAACGCACUGGCGCCGUGGUCUUUCCUAUGUUGCCAAUUGGGCAAAGGAUCACCCAAACGUAGUUAGCAUGUCUCUUCGCAACGAGUUGCGCGAAUCCUGGAACGUCACGGAUCUCUACUACAACUGGGACACCCUCGUCGGCAAUAUGACUGCUGGCGCUGACGCAAUCCACGAGGCCAACCCUGAUCUUCUUAUUCUCUGGGGGGGUAUGCAGUACGGGCAAGAUCUGUCAGCACUCACUAGCGGCAAGAACAUUCUCACAGCUCCCUGCUACAAGUGCACAGCAAUCCGCGACGCCGCGAGGAGGGAGCCAGUGUACUUCAAUCUCGACGAUCACCCCUGGGCUGAUAAGCUUGUCUGGGAACUCCAUCUCUACAGCAUGAGUGAGGACAUCGACACGGGCACCUGCGACAUAGUCAAAGCAAACUUCUACCGCAACGGCUUCAACGCUCUGGGCAUCGAUGCACCAGCCGCCUGCAACAUUACGGGUGACUGCCCGAAGGCUGUGCGCGAGACACCAGUCAUCCUGAGCGAGUUCGGUAGUGCGCAAGACGAGACACUCUUCAAUAACACACUACAAAACUGCUUGAAGGAGUACACCAUCGAUAACGACAUCAGCUGGAUGAUGUGGUCCAUCGCCGGUUCGUACAGAAUUAGAUCGGGUGUUCAAGGUUUCCCUGAUACGUGGGGCAUGACAAACUACAACUGGACAGGUUGGAACUACGAGCGCGGUAUUGAAGAAUUCUGGAAACCAUGGGUUCAGGCGAUGAACACGACCAAGAUUCAUUAAUUGUCCGCAUCUACUUACGGAAAGUGCUUAAAGAACAUUACUAUCGAAAGACGCAUUGAAAACGUGUCAACUAGUAUCUGAUAUGAACUACUGUCCUUCCCGUUCACACAACA